AUGAGGAACCAGAGACGAGGAGAGUCAAAGCCACUUGUUCAAGACUGUGGCAGCCGGGACCUGUGCUGGAUCUCCCGCUCGCAUCCCGGGGCACCGAGUGACAGAGCCGGGUACCGUGUCCCCCGGCAGGGAGGGCGACCACUCGCACCGCUGCCGGGGGAGAAGAGCAUACAGCCGGGGGGGCUUCGGGAGGGCUCCAGCCCACAGCUUUGGGAGAAACACACGUGUCAAAGGCUCCGCUUUCAUCCCCCCUCCCUGGCUUUGCUUUCUGCCCCUCACGCCCAGCAUCGCUGCUCCCCUCCAAGGAAAAGCACCCCCCUCCCCCGGGGAUGCUGCCAACCCCCGCGGGGACCGGGCUCGCCCUCACCCCGCUCCUCUCCCUUCCUUCCCGCAGGGGCGGCGGUGCCCGCGGAGCCCCUCACUCACCCGUGCCGGCCGCGGAGCCGCUCCCCGCCGCGCUGCUGGAUCAGGUCCAACCCGUACCAAACCAACCUGCUUCGAGACGGCGUGCGGAGGUACCUGCAGCUGCCGGCGGACCAGACAGUACUGAUACUGCACGCCAAAGUCGCACAGAAGUCAUACGGCAAUGAAAAAAGGUUUUUCUGCCCCCCACCUUGCGUUUACCUGAGCGGGCCGGGAUGGAAGUUAAAACAGGAGCAGAUAAAAGCCAGCGACCUGGGAGAGGCGGGAUUUCGGGUGUGCGGGUACAUGGGGCUGGACAGCAUGGGCAGCAGCCUGAUGGAGACCCAGAAGCUCAGCUUCGAGGAGCAGCCGGACGCGAAGGGCUUCGGCUGUGCCAAGGCGCUGUACAUCUCGGAUGCGGACAAGCGCAAGCAUUUCCGCUUGGUCCUGAAGCUCUUCUUCAGCAACGGGCAGGAGAUAGGCACCUUCCACAGCAAGCUGAUCAAGGUCAUCUCCAAGCCCUCGCAGAAGAAGCAGUCGCUGAAGAACACGGACCUCUGCAUCUCCUCGGGCUCCAAAGUCUCCCUCUUCAACCGCCUGCGCUCCCAGACCGUCAGCACCCGCUACCUCUCCGUCGAGGGGGGGGCCUUCAUCGCCAGCGCCAGGCAGUGGGCAGCCUUCACCCUCCACCUGGCCGAUGAGCGCUGCACACGGAGCGAGUUCCCCCUGCGGGAAGGGUAUAUCCGCUACGGCUCCGUGGUCCAACUGGUCUGCACGGCCACCGGCAUCACCCUGCCUCCCCUGAUCAUCCGGAAGGUGACGAAGCAGUACGCCAUGCUGGAUGUGGACGAGCCCAUCUCUCAGCUCCAUAAAUGCGCCUUCCAGUUCCAGGGCAGCGACCGCAUGUACCUGUGUCUCUCCACGGAGAAAGUGAUCCAGUUCCAGGCGUCUCCCUGCCCGAAGGAAGCCAACCGGGAGCUGCUGAAUGACGGUUCCUGCUGGACCAUCAUUGGCACCGAGACAGUGGAGUACACCUUCAGCGAGAGCCUGGCCUGCAUCCGCGAGCCCGUCAGCCCCGUGCCGCUCAUCACUGCCCUGCAGCUCACGGGCGGCGGGGACGUGGCCAUGCUGGAGGUGCAGGGGGAAUAUUUCCACACACACCUCAAGGUCUGGUUUGGAGAUGUGGAAGCAGAGACCAUGUACAGGAACCCCAAGUCCCUUGUGUGUGUCGUCCCUGACGUCUCUGCCUUUGGCAGUGACUGGAGGUGGCUCCGAUACCCCAUCACGGUCCCGCUCCUGCUGAUCAGGGAGGAUGGCCUCAUCUACUCCAGCUCGUUCACGUUCACCUACACCCCGGAGCAGAGUUUCAUCCCAGGACAGCAGGUCCUCUCGGAUGUCCCCCAAGACUCGGACAAAUUACUUGACAGCAUCCAUCAGGAGUUCACCAGGACCAACUUCCACCUCUUCAUGCAGAGCUAGUGAUCUGGGCAGGCAGAGGCUCAGCCCCACCGCCGGCCCCGGGGAAGGGGAGCAGCCCCGAGUCCUGCCGGGGGACCCCAUCCGGGGAUCGGGGUGUCCCAGCCAAAGGGUCCUCCCCACACAUCAAAUGCCCACCGAGUUACUGUGAUUUGCUGACUUGUCUCUUCUUCGUGGCAGCAUCUCGCCCUGCUGAGAUCUCACAUGAGACCAUCAAUAAAUCAGGCUUCAAGGACUCUUUACUGAUUCAAUUGCUUCUUUACUCACCUUCGCGAUUUACCUCCCGUGCUGGCACAGAGCAUCACAGCUCCCUUGAUGUCCUCAGUCCAUAUAUUCAAAGGCCGGGAGGGAUGAUGAGGAAACGCGACCUUAAGCGUUAUUGAUCUCUACCAGGAAUCCCUGCAUCGCUUCUGUGCUUUUCAGUAAGGAGGAGCCGAUUUCCAGCAGUCAAAUACUUGGUACCAGAUGGUC